AUGCCACCCAAAUUUGAAGCCGAAGAGGACGAGGAUGCCACAUUUGACUGGCUACAUCAACCACCUCCAGUCCAUCAGAUCAAUCUCUCACUACCCCCAGCCGAGCGUUAUGUAGAACUGGCACAACUCUACCGAGAUCCAAUGCGAUCGCUACGAGGCACAUUUGACGAGUUGGUCACGUCCCUAUCCCCCAAGAUCCCACUGGGAUUGGUUCACCGAUUGGCUCGUACCUUCUUACGCAGACUCUCCACGAGCGAAGAGACCGAGGAACUGCGGGGAAUCAGUCGUGCCACGGAUAUUGACCUUUACCUCCUAAUAUGCUUCAAUACAGUCCUGGAUCUGCUCAUGGGGUGCACGAGUGGAGGACUGCGCACAAAGCAUGGAUCCGAGACCAGGAUGCUUCAUUUCCGGACCCUGGAUUGGGGCAUGGAGAAACUUCGCCCUCUAAUAGUCCAGCUGGAUUUCAUCCGUGACGACCACCCCGGGAAAGUACUCGCGACAACUGUAGGCUAUGUCGGCUUUGUUGGUGUUCUCACCGGGGUGAGGAAAGACCUGAGCAUGUCGCUCAAUUUCCGCCCAGUUCAUGAUACGACGAAAAAUUUCCCUUUCUACCUCAACCAUCUUCUCGUUCUUCUUGGUCGACGCCCGUCUAUCUCUUCGCUUCUGCGACAAUGUCUCAUCCCGUCUUCGCCAAAUUCAAAACGCCUAGGAUGGGGCGGGAAAUUGCCGACUUUGUAUAAUAUCAUGGAUGAUAUUCCCAGUCAACCCACUACCGCGGCCUAUCUUAUCUUCAGUGAUGGGCAAAGGACGGUGACAAUGGAAAAGGAUGUCAGGACGGCAAUCACCCGUUUCGAUCCAUACUUCAUCAUUGUCACGAACAAUGACCAGGAUUCAGCCACAAUACCAUCGCAGGACGCAGCAGAAAACAUGGAAAGCGGCCAAAGUAGACUCGCCCUGGUCUCGGAGGAACCACUCUCUAUGGAGGAGUUGAUUGAAGACAGCAAAGAAAGGCGUGCGUGUAUGCAGAAAAAAUGGGAUCAUAAGAUGAAGCAGAAUAAGCGGGAUAGAGUUCGGAGAGAUCAAACAAGAGAGCUACUUGUUAAUGAGAGUCCCAAGGAUACGAAUACAUCUCAUUCAGGAGUUCGCUCGUCCCUACGCCUCAGACAAAAGGCAGUGGAAAGGCAACAGCGAGUUGAUUUGGAAAUUAGCGAGCUACGUGGGGAUACUGAUCGUUCAGAUAAGGCUAUCACGCCCCAGGAAGCCCUUAGCUGGCUCACCACGUACCCAAUUGUGAAUGAGGACACUCAUUAUGCGACCUUAAUGGAUCCAUCCGAAGGCAAAUUGUUUUGGGUCAGUUUGUACAACUCAGGUCAGAUCAGAGCAUGA